AUGCCCGCUGCUGGAGUUCUGGUUAAGGGCGACCGCCUUAUUGAUGCCGAUGCGAAUAAGUAUAUCAAGAUCAAGAAGGUGCUGGUACUGGGAAUGCCUAUGACUGGCACGAACUCUAUGCACGCGGCAUUGACUAAGCUCGGGUUCGAUCCUUACAACACGAACACUGCUAUCGCCAACUACAAGCGCGAUCUGCCUCUGUGGAAUGAAGCCUUGGAAGCCAAGUUCCUGGGAGUCGGCCCUAAGUACGGACGGGUUGAGUUUGACAAGUUUCUGGGACGACACGAUGCCGUGAUCGACGCACCCUGUGCGUACUUUGCCGAAGACCUGAUCAAAGCAUACCCGGACGCGAACGUCAUCCUUCUCAACUGGGACGCAGACGAAUGGCUGGAGGCCAUGAACUCUACCAUCUUCAACACUCAAAACUCGCUUGCCAAUAACUUCGUAGUCAAGAACGACACCGAGUUCUUUGGCCCGUUCCUUCGUGGAGCUGAGCUCAUCCGGGAGCACGUCUAUGGCGACAUGGGAGGUUUGGAGACCCGCGAAGUCUACUUGGCCCACUACAAUCGCAUCCGCGACUUGGUGCCUCCGAAGCGACUCCUCGAAUUCGACGUCUCUCGCUCAGACUGGGCCUCUCUGGCUGGCUUCCUGCGCCUUCCUGCCCCAGCGGGCAGAUUCCCCCAG